AUGUAUUUCCUCUCUGAACAGAAGUCCAGACACACACAGGACUCAGAGCUCAGCCUCACUUUACUCUGUUAUACUGACACAAACCCCACAGACGCUCAGGACACUGUGUGUGACAGUAAUCACACCUUGAAUCAGGAUGAAUCUACUGAUCAAACCUCCACAGAGUCUCUGGAUUCUGUCUGUAACGCUGGAGAACAGCAGAUCCUGAACACCAGACCACUGAACAUGUGUUCUGUCACACUGAUGGACUGCAGGAUACUGAUGGAGAUGAAAACAGAACUCACAGUAAAGGAAGAACAGAUUGAUGAAGAUGAGAAACGAGAUAAUUUUAUCUCCUCAGGUAAACUGUUGAACUGCAAUAACCUGGAGAUAAAAACAGAGCCCAAAUUAGAGGAAGAUAAAACUGAUGAAGAUGAGAGCGGUGAUUCAUGUGGUGAUGGAGAAACGGCCUCUACAUCAAAACAGCGACUGACAGCACAAACUCUUUCCUGCAUCACAGAGGAAGAUUUAGAGGGAUAUGAUAGGAGGCACACAGAAGAGAAAGUCUUACAAGAUCAGCGACAUCAUGCACAAGAGCACAGAGAUGAGAAACACUUUUACUGUCAGCAGUGUGAAAAGAGUUUUGUAUUCUCUUCUCCUCUGAAUGCUCACAUGAUGUCACACACUGGAGAAAAACCAUUUCACUGCAGUGAAUGUGACAAAUAUUUCAGCACCAAACAAAGUCUCAUUGCUCAUCAGAGAAUUCACACGGGAGAAAAACCUUUUCACUGCAGUGAAUGUGACAAAUAUUUCAGCUUCAAACAAUGUCUUGUUGCUCAUCAGAGAGUUCACACGGGAGAAAAAACGUACGCGUGUCCUCACUGCGAGUGGAGAUUCAACCACAAAUCCCAUCUGAAGAGACACAUGUGUGUCCACACCGAUGAGAGACCGUAUGAGUGCAGUGAAUGUGGACAAGCCUUUAAGCGGUCAAAAUAUCUACAGGACCACAUAAGAACACACUCUGUGGAGAAACUCUAUCAGUGUUCACACUGUGAUAAACGCUUCCAUCAUAAAAACAAUUUGAAACGUCAUCAGAGAAUUCACACUGGAGAAAAACCUUAUAAGUGCAGUGUUUGUGGAAAGUGUUUCAAUCAACAACCUAACUUACUAAUGCAUCAGAGAACUCAUACAGGAGAAAGACGAUAUAAAUGUUCUCAGUGUGACAAGACAUUUGCUCGAAAAGAUGCCUUAAGAAUCCAUCAGAGAGUUCACACUGGAGAGAAGCUUUUUCACUGCUCCAUCUGCGGCGAGAGAUUCACUUAUUUAAGAAGUUUAAAUUCUCAUCAGAAGAAACAUGCUGAAGAACAAACUAAUCAGGAUGAAUCUACUGAUCAAACCUCCACAGAGUCUCUGGAUUCUGUCUGUAACGCUGGAGAACAGCAGAUCCUGAACACCAGACCACUGAACAUGUGUUCUGUCACACUGAUGGACUGCAGGAAACUGAUGGAGAUGAAGACUGAACCCACAGUAAAGGAAGAACAGACUGAUGAAGAUGAUUUGUGUUCUUCAGUGAAACCUAUGAGCGACGGUGGGAACGUGAUAGAGUUAAAAAAACCCAAAUCAGAGGAACUUAACAAUGAUGAUGACAAUCAGGAUGACUCUUUUCUUCCUUCAGAUGAGAGCGGUAUUUCAUGUGGUGAUGGAGAAACGGCCUCUACAUCAAAACAGCGACUGACAGCACAAACUCUUUCCUGCAUCACCUGUGGAAAGACAUUCAGUUCACAGAUACGUUUAGAGACACAUGAGAGAAAACACACAGAACAGAAACUCUUCACCUGCACCAGAUGUGACAUCAGCUUUCAUACCUUACAAGAGAAGAAACUUCAUUCACAAGAGCACAGAGACAAGAAACACUUUCACUGUCAGCAGUGUGGGAAGAGUUUUGGCUCAUCUUUUAAUCUGAACGUUCACAUGAGGACACACACUGGAGAAAAACCUUUCCACUGCAGUGAAUGUGACAAAUAUUUCAGCAGCAAAAGAAAUCUGGCUGUUCAUCAUAGAAUUCACACGGGAGAAAAACCAUACGAGUGUCCUCACUGUGAGAAACGUUUCCGUCAUAAAUAUAAUCUGAUAACUCAUGAGAGAAUUCACACUGGAGAGAAACCUUAUCUCUGCUCUCACUGUGGAAAGAGAUUUUCUGAUCCACGUCAUUUCAGAGAUCAUCAGAGAAUUCACACUGGAGAAAAACCUUAUCAAUGCAGUGUUUGUGGGAAGAGUUUCACUCGACACAACGCUUUGCUGAAUCACAAGAGAACUCAUACUGGUGAAAGACCCUUCAAAUGUUCUCAGUGUGACAAGACGUUUGCUCGACCAGAUGUCUUGAGAACCCAUGAGAGAGUUCACACUGGAGAGAAACCUUAUCACUGCUCCAUCUGUGGAGAGAGAUUCACUUAUUUAAGAAGUUUAAAUUCUCAUCAGAAGAAACAUGCUGAAGAACAAACUGCACUGGAAUCAUCAUAGUGUUUACUUUGAUGGUCUGAUGAACUGAUCACCUGACUCAGUUAUUGCCGUUGAAUGUUGUUGUGUUUGAAAAACAGACUUAUUAUAAUGAUCUACUUCAUGAGGUUUACAAUGCUGAUAAAAUAUUCAAGAACAUGUCUCAAAGAUGAAAUAGUCUCAGUGUCGUUGUAUACAUGCUAGACAGUUCACUUCAAUUGUGAAGGGUUCUUUCAUAUUGAUACGCAAUUUGGGUCAUUUUCCACUUUCCGUUUCAUGUUCUGUACUUGUUUUCCCAUCACAUUUACUGAUAUUUUCUUAUACUUGUACUGCAUUAACAAUAGAUCAAAUUAUUUCUGUGAAAUUUAAGAUGUUCUGUACACUAGAGUUUGGUUCUUCCUGUAUCCGGUGAACAUGAUGCUUCUGUUUAACACAGAAUGUCUCUCUGGAUAUUCUCCACUAUUCCACCGUCAGUUUUCAACUCCUCCUGAUGGACGGACAACAUGUGACUAUGCAGCUGUUGUUCUGUGAAAGAUUGUGAGCAUUGUUUACAUUUCCAGAUAUAAUUGAUUCAACAUGUGCCCAUAUUAGAAUGUGUUAUUAAGAAUAAAGAAAGGCAGGAGGUUUUUGUUCUUGCCAUACAAAGUUUAAAAAUAAUACCUGGAUACUUUUUUCAGUAUUCAGAAGAUUUCAUAGUUGAUUUUUAUAAAUGUGGACGAUGCAACCCACAAUUCUUUGCGUUGCCUCGACCAAGCGUAUUUCAUUUG